AUGCCUCCACCCCACCACCAGCACCAACCCAGCACCUCCCACGCCUACCACCCCCGCCACUCUGUCCUCCCCGCCUCUUCCUCCUCCACGGGCACGGGCAUGGGCAUGGGCAUGGGCAGCGCCUCCGCCAUGUCCAACACCAAAGCCCGGCAAUACGCCAACCUCCACGCCCAGCUCGACCAGCUGAAUGCCAACCUGCAUGACACCGAGAAUCUUCUGCGUAUGACGGCCGUGCAGGCUGAGGAUAUGCGGUUCUUGGGUGGUUAUGUCGGCGCGCUUUUUAUGGGUUCGGCCAAGGUGUUGGGUGAGGAGGGGGUUAAGGGGAAUGCGGAUCGGGGGGUGGGAGUGGGAGUGGGGAUAUGGGGGGGGGGAGGAGUUAGGGUUGAGAUGAGUUGA